AUGUCCACCGCCGGUUCUCACAAAGAUCUUGAGCUCAAGGAGCACGGCAGCGAGCCCGACCUUGACAACAAGGAGACUAGCCUUAUGAAGAGCGAAAUGGAGAGCGAUGACCCAGAAGUACAAGCCAAGGCAUGUGCAAAGCGCAUGUCUACGAUCGUAGACACUGCUCUAGACCGACUCAAGCCAUUCCUUGAGAUGAUGGUUGAGAGCAUAGAGCGUGCCGAGCGCAAGAAGAAAAACGAUCAAGAGAUCGACGAGCAGGAACUAGUCGACCAAGUCAAGCCGCUCCUCGAGCGGUCCACCACUAUCCUUCAAGAAUGCUACGGUGCCAUCAAGGCCCUUGAUCCCGAUGGUAAGAUCGCAAACAAUGCACAGAACCGGGCCAAGAAUAGUGAGGCAAGCGCCGAGGAGCAGCAUCUUGCACAGGGUCUUGCAACGCUGGCAGGAGAUGUCACCAAGACUAUUGAGCGCAUCAAGGAGUUCAUCAAGGAUAUGCCACAUGCGAAGAACCAGCUAGGGCCGCUGUUGGACUUGUUUGGCGAACCCUUGUUCCAAAUUCUCUCUGCUGUCGGGUUGCUCCUGAACGGUGUAUUGGGACUCGUUGCGGGUAUCCUUGACGGGUUGGGUCUUGGCGGACUCAUCAGGGGCCUUCUCAACGGAUUGGGACUUUCGAAGCUACUCAAGGGCUUGGGAUUGGGCACUUGGUUGGAGGAGAAGCCAAAGAAAUAA